GGAGAGAUGCAAGCCGCCCUAGCUACUUUUCCUCCCCUUUAAGGCUGCCUGGUUACAGUCCUAGGAAAGAAAACCCCUGCAUUCCUCCCCUUUAAUUCGGUUUAUUGUUGAAGCGCUGGAGCAAGCUAAUCCUCACAGACCUGUAGGAGCUGGAGUGGGAGGGCCACGGGCACCGUUCUCUCGGAUUCCCUGGCAUCCGCAGAAGCUUCAACUCUGGAGGCAAUGGGUCGGAAGGAAGAAGAUGACUGCAGUUCCUGGAAGAAACAGACCACCAACAUCCGGAAAACGUUCAUCUUCAUGGAAGUGCUGGGAUCAGGAGCUUUUUCAGAAGUUUUCCUGGUGAAGCAAAGGGUAACUGGGAAGCUCUUUGCCCUGAAGUGCAUCAAAAAGUCGCCUGCCUUCCGGGACAGCAGCCUGGAGAAUGAGAUCGCUGUGUUGAAAAAGAUCAAGCAUGAAAACAUCGUGACCUUGGAGGACAUCUAUGAGAGCACCACUCACUACUACCUGGUCAUGCAGCUUGUUUCUGGUGGGGAGCUCUUUGACCGGAUUCUGGAACGGGGUGUCUACACAGAGAAGGAUGCCAGCCUGGUGAUCCAGCAGGUGUUGUCAGCAGUGAAAUACCUCCACGAGAAUGGCAUCGUCCACAGAGACUUAAAGCCUGAAAACCUGCUGUACCUCACCCCUGAGGAGAAUUCUAAGAUCAUGAUCACAGACUUUGGCCUCUCCAAGAUGGAGCAGAAUGGUGUCAUGUCCACUGCCUGUGGGACCCCAGGCUACGUGGCUCCGGAAGUGUUGGCUCAGAAACCCUACAGCAAGGCUGUGGAUUGCUGGUCCAUUGGAGUCAUCACUUACAUAUUGCUGUGUGGGUAUCCCCCCUUCUAUGAAGACACUGAGUCUAAGCUUUUUGAGAAAAUCAAGGAGGGCUACUAUGAGUUUGAGUCUCCGUUCUGGGAUGACAUUUCUGAGUCAGCCAAGGAUUUUAUUUGCCACUUGCUGGAGAAGGACCCAAAUGAGCGGUACACCUGUGAGAAGGCCUUGAGGCACCCCUGGAUUAACGGAAACACAGCUCUCCACCGGGACAUCUACCCGUCAGUCAGCCUCCAGAUCCAGAAGAACUUUGCCAAGAGCAAGUGGAGGCAAGCCUUCAACGCGGCAGCCGUGGUGCACCACAUGAGGAAGCUGCACAUGAACCUGCACAGCCCAGGUGUCCGCCCGGAGGUGGAGCACGGGCCACCCGUCACUCAAGCGUCUGAAGCCUCAAGACCCAGCUCCCCUGAGUUCACCGUCACCGAGGCACCAGCCCUGGACCAGAGUGUGACCCUCCCUGCCCUGACCCGGCUGCCCUGCCAACAUGGCCCCCAGCCCACCGCCCCUGGGGGCAAGUCCCUCAACUGCCUGAUCCACGGCUCCCUCCGCAUCAGCAGCAGCCUUGUGCCCAUGCAGCAGGGACCCCUGGCCGUCGGGCCCUGCGGUUGCUGCUCCAGCUGCCUGAGCGUCGGGACCAAAGGGAAGUCCUCCUACUGCUCUGAGCCCACGCUCCUCAAAAAGGCCAACAGAAGACAGAACUUCAAAUCGGAGGUCAUGGUGCCAGUUAAAGCCAGCGGCAGCUCCCACUGCCGGGUGGGGCAGACUGGAGUCUGUCUCAUUAUGUGAUCCCAGGGGCCUGUGUCUAUGUCACUACAAUUUUCAGGAGAGAUAGCUAUUCACCUCUUCUCUGCCUUUCCAAACCUGGAGUCUACGCUGCAGUGGGAAGAAGGGAGAGCAAGCCGAGCAAGGCCUGAUCAGAAGCAGCAGACAGCUGCCACCUGGGACAGACCCUCACAGAAGGCCCAGGAGUGAGUCCCAAGCGUGGAGGCCUCACCGAAGCUGUGGGCGGGCGGAGCGGCACCCGAGGCUUCCAGGUCUCCCUGUCCUGCCUGCUCCGUGCCCCCAACCCUACGUGCCGUGGCUCUGCAGAGUGUCCGUAGAUAGCGCUCACCCAGGUCUGUGUCGUUUGUCCUGAAAAGCUUAAUGGGCUGGCCAAGCUGUGUCACCAUCUCCGAGCAAAGCCAUACGGAGCAUCGACCCAGACUCCCCACUCAGCACACCCUGGAUCUUGCCUCUCCAGCCUCCGUCCUCGUAGCCAGAAUGGGCUCGUUAAUGGAGUGGCCUGCGCAUCUGCAUGAAUGACAGGCAGCUUCGUGGUCUGCUUGUGAGCUCUCCAAGUUCAAAUCCUAACUCCAGGAUUAGCUCCAAACCUGGCCAGCCUACGCCCAGCACUCUUCUGAUCCACCUCUCCCUGCCCCCAUCCAAAAGCAGGACCACACCCUCCAAGAUGAAAAAGAAAGAAACCCAAGGCAAGGUACCGUCAGGAAUUAUUAUCCUGGCAGGAUGCCCUCUACACACACACUCAAUUAAGUGAAAAUUGGAAGCUGACUGUUCUUUCAGCGAGUAAUUCAAAUCCUGGCUCUGCUCCCCUCUCUCUCCCUGAAAAUCAGACACAUUGUUCUUGUCCCUUCCCAGUUUUCUGGUCUCCCGCUCCCUCCAGCUUCAGGCUCUGUGUUGUGCUGAAUAAAAUGAACAUAUUUUUUUCUA